AUGACCAACAACUCAUCCCACACCUGUCCAAUCUGCACCAAAUCUUAUAAGCGACCGGAACAUCUCCGGAGGCACUUCUUCUCCCACCGCCCCGACCGCCCACAUAGAUGUCACCAAUGUGAGAGCUCUUUCCAACGGUCCGACGUGCUCAAACGGCACCUGAAGACAUGUGAAGGAGUUCCACCAGCGCAACGGAGAAAGCCAUCCGUUUGUACCGUUAACGAGAAUGUCAACAAUGGGGUGGUUGGCGACUUCUCGAUGGCCACAGAGCUCAUCACACCGCCACCUCUUGAGCCAUCGCUCAUGACCAAUGUCGGGGCUGGUGUAUUGAACCAACCACUCAUGCCGCCGCCUGGCAAUUGGGAUGUCGUCGCCGACGCCACUUCAGAGUUUGCCUUCUCAGAUGGCUUUUCUGACAUACCAUGGGCCGACAUUUUGAGCGUUGAUCCAGAAAAUUCGCUACCUCCGGACGCGUCUCAGGAUGUCAAGAAGCAUAGAUUCCAGUUUCUCAAUGACUUCACCAGCAAUUACGGACUGGUGCAGUCCUUUGAUUGCGGCACCCUCAACCAGCGGUGUCAUAUGCUUUCCGGAUGCUGGGAAUGUCAAGGUAUUGGGAGGGACGAUGCCUUUGGCGCAUUUCUCCAAUCAAGUCCUUCUGAUUUGACACCUUUCAACUCGUUGCCAUACCUGGAACAUGACCCAUGGAAUGGGAACGAUUGUGGAGUGGCUCGAAUUGCCUCGUCAUGGAUAGCCGAUCCCUAUGCUGCGGUCACGAAUGAAAUUACUUCACUGAUAAGAAAGGUCAUUGUCGUCAAGUCACGCAGAAGUAUUGUGACACAUGAAUGGACUCCGUUACUGCAUCAUAUGAGUUUACGCUUCUUCUCGCCUCCCCAGAUCCGGAAAUAUUUGUCCCUCUAUUGGGCUUUCUGGCAUCCUCAAGUGAAUUUCCUACACAGACCAACGUUUGACGUGUUGGCAUCGAAGUCGAUUCUCGUCGCGACAAUGACAUUGAUAGGAGCAUGUCUCUCCCCGGACGCAGAAGAUCGAGAUAAUGCGAAGAUGUGGUUCAACUGCAUCGAAGAGCUCGUCUUCACCGAUGAUGACUUGCUGGAUGACAGCGAUUUCUCCGUAGAAUAUGGAUCCAAGCAUUUCAGCUCGUCAAGGAACAAGAUUCAAGCUUUGCAGGCGGCUUAUAUGGUGCUCCUUUUUCAAAACUGGGAAGGCAUUGACAAGAGUCGGCGACGUGCCCGGCGGGAAAGAUUCAGUACCCUCGUCAGUGUGGCAAGAGACAUUGGCAUCCACACCGCUCAACAACGCGAUUAUUCGCAACUGACCGCCAACGACUUUGUCUGGGCAGAAUUCGUCCUCAGAGAAGAACUCAUCCGUGUCUUUUUGUGGAUAUUUCUCAUCGACACGGCGUUUGUCAUAUUCAACAAUCUUCCUCCGCGACUGGUGAUCAAGGAGAUGAAGAUGCACAUGGCUUGCACAGAAGCCACUUACCAAGCUGGUACCGCACGGGCGUGUUGGGACCAAAUUCAACGCGAUUUAGAGCUCAAACGAGAAUCCGACAGCAUCAAGGAUCUUUGUUCUGCCGUUGAACUUUUGUGCAAAGACGCCGGUCGCAUUCCACAAAAACAGCUUCUCGCACUUGCAGACUUGGGUCCUUUGAAUCUGUUUUCCAUGACAUCAGCUUUGCAUUCUCUCAUCUUCCACUAUCAGAAUUCCCUAGGUUGUCACGGUCAACUGAUCCCCGUCCGCAACGCGAUCCACAAUUGGCGAGAGGCGUGGCUGAUCUACCAGGCCCAAUCCCUGAUGAAGCCACGCUACUCGACCGUAGGCGAAGAAGAGGUCUCUUGUCGAGAUCUUUGGAGGAGGAUAGGUUUCAUCCGCCACGCCGCCGAGUAUUGGCUUCUCGCCAGUUUCAUGUUGGAGAAGAUAUCGAAGAAGCGGUCAGACGAAACGGUCCGCGGUGGUGAUCACAGGCAGAAUGAGGGCGGCGCAAGCACGGCAGGCGACGACUCCUCUGGGGCCACACCUACCGUGGAACCGAUGUUGGGGAAAUAUGACGAAACGAGUAUGCAACAAGUUCAUGAUCUACUCGAGGAUUUUCAAAAAAUGUACAUUACGACCGAGAUUGCUUUAUGACACCGACACCGAUACCGAUGGCGUAGGGAUUUGUUUGGUCGGGGAGGUGCAAAAAACGAGAGGUCGAGGAAGAAGAAAGUCACGAUCACGCGGAAAUGAAAUGGGAACGAGUUGGGACUCGGAGUAUGUCAAUCGGAUUCGGAUUCGGAUG